GCAGCGAGUAUAUAAGCAGGCUGCUAGCACGAGUUCCACAGAGUCUUCUCUCAACCGGCUGCGUGAAUAAUGCGGUGACCACGACCCGCACCUUCGAUCAUCGACGCCGGAAGGGUGCCCGCUGAGGUCUUCAAGCUGCGCACGGAUGCCGAAAAAGGCGCCUUUUCAGACACUACGCGAGUAUAAAAUGAAGGCUCCGCCCGGCAAAGACCACACUCUCGUCUCCAAAGCCACAACAGACCCACUUGCAGCAUGUCCAUCAAGGUUAUCCUCGUCUUCCUGGCGAUGGCGGCAGUCUGCUCGACCACGUAUCUGCGACCUAGUCCGUGGCAGCCGGUGCAGGCGUUCCCCACCCCCGGCUCCGCCGCAGCUGCAGCUGCUGCCGGAGCUGCACUUGCUUCCGGCGGGUGGUUUGGCGGUGGCGCAUCUGCCUCAGCCGCAGCUGCAGCUGCUGCCGGCGGAUGGUACGACGACAAAUCUGGCGCAGUUGCAGCUGCUGCCGACGGGUGGUACCCCGGCGCAUCUGCCGCAGCUGCAGCUGCUGCCGGCGGAUGGUACGACGACAAAUCUGGCGCAGUUGCAGCUGCUGCCGACGGGUGGUACCCCGGCGCAUCUGCCGCAGCUGCAGCUGCUGCCGGCGGAUGGCACGACGACGAAUCUGGCGCAGCUGCAGCUGCUGCCGGCGGAUGGUACGACGAAUAAUCUGGCGCAGCUGCAGCUGCUGCCGACGGGUGGUUCGACGAAUAAUCUGGCGCAGCUGCAGCUGCUGCCGACGGGUGGUUCGACAACGCAUCUGGCGCAGCUGCCGGAGCUGCAGCUGCUGCCGACGGGUGGUUCGACGACGCAUCUGGCGCAGAUGCCGGAGCUGCAGCUGCUGCUUGCGGGUGGUACGAUGAAUAAUCUGGCGCAGCUGCAGCUGCUAACGACGGGUGGUACGACGACGCAUCUGGCGCAGCUGCCGGAGCUGCAGCUGCUAGCCGGCGGGUGGUACAGCGAAUAAUCUGGCGCAGCUGCAGCUGCUGCCGACGGGUGGUACGACGAUGCAUCUGGCGCAGCUGCCGGAGCUGCAGCUGCUGCCGGCGGGUGGUUUGGCGACGGCGCAUCUGCCACAGCCGCAGCUGCAGCUGCUGACGGCGGGGGGUACCCGCGCCCUUAUUACUUCCGCUGGCCUCCUUACGUCCCAUCUUAAUUCCCUCGCCAACUCUCCCCAUUUCCUUCCCCUUAAAUCUCCUCAUCACCCUCCUCAUACCCUUCAUCGAUUUUAAGAGCCUUGGGUCGCAAUGCGCAGUAUAAAAGUUUAAAAAAACAAUAAAUAAGUGACAAUAGAUUUUUUUUCUUAUAAGAAUUAAUUGUUCAUGGAGCUUUGUUCACUAAUAAUGAUUUAAAAAUAAUCAAUGUGAUUACAAAUUUUUUUUUUAAAUUGUACAGCUAAUUUAUUAUUUCAAAUUAACUCUUGAUAAGUUGUGUACUUUCCAAAAAUCUUAACUUUUUUAUUGUAUAGUAUUCACUUCUAUUACGGAGAAAAAAUAAUACGUAUUUUCUACCAACCACACGCUUUAAGCCAAAAAAAAUUUAAUUUGUCAAGCUUUUGGUGGGACCAAUAGUACCUAUGUGCCACAUUGUACCUAACCAAGCAGGAGUUCACGAACUUCAGUCAUCUCCGGUUUCCAACAGCUCAAGAAAAUUACCUCAGUGCCUUAACGACUCGGCGUAAGAUCGAAAAAAUUACUUUUAAAAAUUUACAAAAUUAAAAUUUAUAUCACUUUAGUGGAAAACUAAAUAUUUGCUGUAAAUUAAAAUUAUUAAUGUCUUAUGACACAAAUGUUUUUUGGUAGUGACCUUACAAAGAGUAGUAAAUUAUUUAUUAACUAGUAUUACAAUAUGUACUCACGUCUUGCUGUCUAUUUUAACAUUGGUUAAUUAUUUGAAAACAUUUUGUGAGAGCAUCUAAAGCAUUAAUGUUGUACCUAAUACAGCCAUAUUCGGUUAUUUGUAUUAGCUCUCCUCCAUAGUUAAGCCAAUUAUGCUUGUAUUAAAUGGAGCAUGUGGAAUUCAAAUAUUAAGUGCUUUAUUCUGUGUCUGUGCAUGUUUUCUUUGAUUUAAUUUUGAAAAUGUCUGUUUAUUCCUUACACGAAUACCUGCAAUGUUUCUGCCAUAACAAUAUAAUAAAAUCUGUUUCAUAAAUCACAAAA